AUGGCUGUCGCGAUUUCACCGUCCGAUUGUUCGAACCCGUACUCGCUUGGUGCUGCUAAUUCGUGGGAGACUUUACCUUCUGAGCCACUGUCUAUGGUUGGCGUUAUGUCUUACCACUACCCAGCAUUCCCCUCUGAGGGCGAUGAGAUGGGUAUGCCGCCGCCUCCGAACUUCAUGCCCUCAUAUACAAUUCCUUCACAGCAGCUUACAUCCUUGCCGACGGUUAAUCAGCAAGCUCCUCCACUCUUGAGCCAGCAGCAUGGUAUGGAAAUGAAGGGGACAUACCCAGCACCGAGCGCUGGUUCUUUACAUUCUUCAGAACCCGAUGAGCAACAGCAACAGAGCGGAAGCGCAGGGGAGAAGAAAAGGAACAAAUUGGGCUACCAUCGUACUUCGGUUGCUUGUGGCCACUGCCGGCGUCGAAAGAUCAGAUGCAUCACUUCGCCCAACGACACCCAAGGACGCUGUAUCAACUGUAUUCGGUUGAAGAAAGAUUGCAGUUUCUUUCCUGUAGACCAGGCAUCGAUCGACGAUUCACGGGGCAAACAGGGGUCAAGGGCAUCCGCAGCACCAAAAGGGAACUCGGCAACCUCCUCCCCAGCAACACCGAUCAGUAAGCCCGUGGAGCAGCCAAAGAAAGCCAAAGCGUCACUUGUCCCUUCAACGAAAAAGCCAGUUCCCAUCACUGUUCCGACGACAGGGGAGACGGCUGAAGCUGCAGUGUUUCAGCCCCAAACGAGAGUUACAGCUUCAGUGCCAUCUCCUACAAGCAAAACUCCCGUCGAAACUUCCAACCAGACUACAGCCAACUGGGUGAUAACGGCACCCGAUCAGAGCCCAAGUGCAUCGUCAGAAUUGAGUGCACCUUGGCAAACAUAUGCCUCCGGAUCGCCAAUGAGCCAGCAGUUCUCGCCAUUUACAUCUGUAGCACAAUCUCCGUCUGGUUGGCCUCCUGGAAACUCGGAACCAUUACCUCAGGGGAAUGUUGAUAUGGGUAUCUGGGGUCAGUUUGCGCCGCCGGCACGGUCCAUGUCGUAUGGGGGAGAACCCUUGGGUAGUAACCACCCUUCCCAGUACUCGAUGGUGGCACCAGGACGGCAGUUCGAUCGAAGACUGUCUGCAUUAUCCGACGCAUAUACUACUUCCAUGGACGGCGUGAUGCCUGGAUACGACAGCUCGAAUAUGAAUACACCCGUCUCCUUCCCUGUUGGAGCAGUACCUGCGAACUACACAACAUGGGAUCAGACGAAUGCAUAUACCGACUAUACAUAUAUGAAGGGCCAAGAAGCCUAUGGCGAUGGCUGGUCGCAUGCAAAUAGGAGCCAGGAUCACCGGCUUCAAAUAGCCAACAAUGGACAGCAAGUGAUGAAUAACGCGCCACCCAUGAAUUUAUAUCAAACUCAAUAA